AGUGUGCCCCGAGGCGCUGGGAUGGACGCACGUCGCGCGUAACUAUAUCACACGACUGCCGAAUCUGCUUGAUUUGUUUACCGUGCGUGUUUCAUUCACAUUCAGUUUUUAUUUCACAUUGUUUCAGUGGAGCUUACUAAGGAAAUUACUUGCGUCUACGCCUUUAUUUCAAGAUUAGAAGCGAUUUUUUUACUGCUAAAUAUGGAAAUGUUUAAACGCUGAGAUGUUUUUGAAAGUUUUUCGUGAACUGAUAUGCGGUUUUGUUAAUGAAAUGGGCGAAGUUUUGUGGUUUCUGUUGUUCUUGAUCUCUGCGAUUCAUGGAUACGUGGAGACCGAGGAGUUUAUCAGCGAUCUGGAUAAGCCGAUACCAACGGCGCACGCGCAGGGAGUGCUAGGGAAGAAAGCUUCAUUGCCCUGCGACAUCCAGCCCCUGGCCGCAGAAGAUCACGUCUCCAUGGUCUUGUGGUUUAAGGAGACUGAUGGAGAGCCUCUUUAUAGUUACGACGUGCGGGGUCGCCUCGCAAAUCAGCCCAAGCUCUGGUCGUCUCCGUCGGGGUUUGGUUCCAGAGCUUAUUUCCGAGCAGCCGCUUCUCCGGCAGUGUUGUUCGUCGACAGCGUUGUCUCCACGGACGCAGGAGUCUAUCGCUGCAGAGUUGACUUCAAGAACUCCCCGACAAGGAAUUUGAGAAUCAAUUUUACUGUUAUAACACCUCCGAAUCGGCCCAGCAUUAUGGACGCCAAGACCAGAAGCCACACUCGACUACUAGAGCCCUACAACGAGGGAGAUACCCUGGAACUUAUUUGCGAAACAUAUGGUGGUGAUCCAAGGCCCAGUGUGACUUGGUACUUGGAGAACACCGUCAUCGACGACUCAUUUGAGCAGCGCCCUGACGGAGUGACUGUCAACACCCUGACCUUCCCCAGUGUUGGUCGUCAGCAUCUCAACGCAAGGCUCGUCUGUCAAGCUUCGAACACAAAUCUAGCGCCACCGGAAACUAAGCUUUUAAUACUUGAUAUAAACUUAAGGCCACUCAGCGUGCAGAUCUUGAAUAAGAGGCCGGAGCUUUCCGCAGACAGGACUUAUGAACUUGAGUGCAAGACUACUGGAUCCCGGCCCGAAGCUCAAGUUACGUGGUGGAAAGGUGGAAGACAAUACAAAAGGAGUGCAGCCAAAAAUUUCUCCGAGAGCAACGCAACGACCAGCGUCCUAACGUUUGUGCCUGUCGCCGAGGACCACGAGAAGACCCUGGUCUGUCGCGCCGAGAACCCCAGCGUGGUGGAAUCAUCGAUAGAAGACAAAUGGAAAAUGAACGUGCAUUAUGUCCCUAUAGUGACUUUGAAACUCGGAUCUACCCUUAAUCCUUCCCAUAUCAAGGAAGGUGACGACGUCUACUUCGAGUGCAUUGUAAAAGCAAACCCGAAGACGCAUAAGCUCACUUGGUAUAAAGGAACUAAAGAAAUUCAACAUAACGCGAGUUCUGGAAUCAUUCUCAGCGACCAAAGCCUGGUGCUGCAAAGCGUCAGCCGAUCAACCGCCGGGGACUAUAGCUGUUUAGCAUAUAACAGCGAAGGAAGUGCCACUAGCAACCCUGUGUCUUUAUUGAUAAGGUAUGCUCCAGUGUGCAAAACAAUAAACGAAGGAGAAGUGUACGGCGCUUUGAAACAAGAGACGGUGACCUUGAAUUGUGCUGUUGACUCCAGCCCAGCUCCCACCAGCUUCAGCUGGAUCUUCAAUAGCUCUGGCGACCAAACGGAGCUGGCUGCGAACACGUACACAUCAGCUGGCUUCACUUCGAAUCUUCGUUACACUCCGAUUUCUGAAAUGGAUUUUGGCACGAUACUCUGCAUGGCAACUAACACAGUGGGAAGGCAGAAGAUCCCAUGCCUCUACAAGCUGAUUGCGGCAGGACAGCCGACGGCACUCCACAACUGUUCAGUGGCGAACCAGAGCUCGGCCAGUUUACAAGUGGAAUGCGCGGAAGGCUUCGACGGAGGGCUCCCGCAGGUUUUCUUCAUGGAGGUCUUGGAACUCCCGGCUAUGACCGUCAGGGCAAAUAUAACCUCAAAUAGCACUCCUAGCUUUGAGGUUCACGGUCUAGACAGUCGGAUCAGCUACAGUCUGGUCUUGUAUGCGGCCAACGCUAAGGGCAGAGGCGAAGAGGUCACACUGUAUACCGUUGCAAUACGACCUCCGGAUAAAUACACAGGUGUGAGCACCGCCAUCCCUUGGUCGCCGAUGCUGGUGUCCCUGCUGGCUGUGACAGCGAUGCUGUGCACCGGAGUGUGUGCUGUGAUCACGGCACUGUACAGACGACAUGCUGUCAGAAGACACGACCUUGAUAAGCAACCUCCUUCGGCGAGCGGUCUCUACAUGGAGCACAGCGUUGAAUCAUUAUCGAAACAGGAUAAUUUGAACACGUACUGUGCGUCUCCGAAGCUGGAGUACUGCAGCCAGUAUGAGUUGAAAGCCGACACGGGGGAAGAAACGGACCCCGACAUCAUACCCUGUCAUCACGAUAAGAGAUCAAUAAAUGAUUACACCAAAUUAGGGAUUGGUGUAGACUGUGAUGCUCUCAGCAUGUACAGUGAAAAAACUAGCAUACCUGCCAGUGCCUCAGCGGUAAGUAUUAGAGUGAACCGUGGAGUAACAGCGCGGAGUUCAGAUAUAUCGUCGAGCGUCUGUAAUGCGACGGUCGCACAUUUGCGCCGCGACAACCUCGCCACAGUCGGGAAAGUACGGGAGAGCUGCAUUUAAUGCGGGUGCUUAGAUAAUCCGUUGGCUGUAUGGAGGAGAUAUUUUAGAGUCAAUGAUUUAUAAUAUGUAAUUAAUUAAAAAAGGCUUUGUUGCUAAAGAAGAUCUAUUUAGAAACGAAGAGUCAAACUGCGUUUAAAUUGAAUUGGUAAAAUAUGAAACGUGUGCACGUUAUUGGAUAAUUUAGAUACCCAAAGCAGUUCGGAUAUAGACUAAGAAAAUUUAAACCAUUUUGGCCAUACAAUGUUGAUUCAUACAUACAAUACAAUGAAAAAUGAAUAAUAAUAAUAAUAAUAAUUUAUUUAUUUCUCUCUUAAAGGUACAAGGUACAUACAAAUUCAAAUGGAAAUAAAUUAACCUUAUAAUUUAUUUUGUAAGCCUUUGAAAGAGCUGAAGUCUGUACUAGGUUCAAAGACCUGUAUUACUGAUCUCCAGGCUCCCUCCUUCUUAAGAAUAGAUUAGGUUAGGUUAAGUCGUGAACAGAUGCUGCGGACUAGUGUUGAGAGAUCAUUAGGUGUUAUAUUUUAAGAAGGUCAUUUUACGUGUGUGUGAGUGUGUGAAUGUGUGUGUAUUUGGAUGUGUGUGUGUGUGUGUGUGUGUGUGUGUGUGUGAGUGAGUGAGUGAGUGUGUGUAUAUGUGGGCGUGUGCGCGCAUGCAUGUUGUAUUGUGUAUGUGUGAGUAUCUGCAUCUAUGCGUGUUUGUUAUUACUAUUACAUAGGUAUAAAUAAUUUUUUGCUUAAUUGGGCUCGAAAACAAAAAGCAGAUUACUUCACAGUCUGGAGUAAGUUCUCUGUUUGCUCGUAGUCUAGGUCGUGAAGCCAAUUUGUUAGUGCACGUUUGCAUUGGGUCUGUGUCAUGGGGUAUAUAUUGAUCAGCUUAUUGAUUUUAUUGUAUAUGAAGCUACUUAGGAAGCCAUAGAAGCGUUGAGCUAACGAUGUAGAAACAAGUGUUGUGGGACGCACACCAUGCCCGCGCCGCUGACUUACGAGCAAUGUCGGAUCGUAUGGAGUUUUCGAGUGUGUAGUCAUAAUAAGAUUAAGAAUAAAUAAUUUACGGACAGAAAGAACUUUACAGGUUUUGUAAAGAUCAUUUGUAGGAAACCUAUAAGGGAGCCGCCAUCCAACUUUUAAAAUACAUCUCUGGGCACGUUCAAGUUUUAAAAAGUGUGUUUUGGAAGACCCGCCCCAUGCCACUAUGCAGUACUGAGUGACUGAUUGACAGAGCGCUAAAUAAACAAUACCAGUAGAUUUUUUUUAAAUUGAUAUUUUGUUCAAAAUUUAUUACUACUUUUACUGUUUAGGGAAAAAAAAUAUCACCUAUAGCCGACAGAUAGAGUUUAAAGCUAAUUAAAAAAAAAAAAAAACAGUUUUGAUACAAUAUUGACACAAUAUUGACAAAGAAAAUUAAAAUAUUGACACUAUGAAUUCGUUAAAUUUUUAACACGUUUUGAUGAAUCUUACGAAGAGUAAAAAAAGACUAAAUUAAAGUUGUUUUUAUUUCUAGAAUAAUCUAAAGUAUCUCCUCCCUUAACAAUGUUUAAUUUAAAAAUAAAUGGAGUACGAAACCGGGUUGUCGAAGAUUACAAAUUGUUAAAUAGAACUUUAUUGUUAAAUGAUUAAUAUUUAAAAUAUAAUUGUCAUCUUUAUAAGCUACAUUUAAGAAAAAUACAAACGUAGAAAUAAAUGAAUGUUUUAAAAUAUUACAGCGAGAAUGUAUCGUUUCAAUCUGCUUGAUUUGUUUUUGUACGCUGAAUUAAAUGGAUCGCCAUCAUCCUUCAUUCUAUCGUUUUUAUAGAUGUUAGGGGUAAACUGUAAAAAAUGAUUAUUAAUCACGAAAUUCCGCCCAUUUUUAUCUGUUACAACACUUGAAUGUAACGAAUUAUAAAUAUUUAAUAUUUCAAAUAUAUUAGCUUCGCAAUUUGUAAGAUACUCAUAGUAAAGGUACGGCAGACAGGCACCUGUAUGUGCAUGAGCGGAAUUCGCCACGAUUGCGAUAACUAUCCAAAAAAACCGAACAUAAAAUGAAUAAUAGUUUAACCUGGAAUCACCUUUUUCGGGCCAGGGGCCAAACCUCCUACGAGGACUCCGUCGACAAGGGGGCCCGCGGGGUCUAUGGGACUUGAUGAUCUGCAAUUUUUGGGAGCAGACCGCAGGCCCAAAACGCUUUGGGGCCUUCAGCACUAAACGACUCUUCUGCACUUUUAAACCCGACCUCCAAUCUCCGCCCGGGGUCAGAACCCAGUCAGAGUAAGUGGGCUCCCGCGGUAAACUGGGAUCACCUACCUUAAGUACGUUUUCGGUGAUAGAUUUACCUACAUGAGCCUCGUUAGUCUACUGGGUAAGACAGGUAGCAUUAAGAGUUGCGUAAUUACUGUUGGUAGGGUAUAUUAUGGCCUCGCAGUGGUGGGUACAAAAAUAUCGUCUCUUUAUCCAGCGAAGCAGUCAAGUAUUUCAGUUUAAAUGAUGAGGCUGUCGUUAUGCAAUCCAAUUUAACUUCACGACCUCAUGUCUCAAGGCGAGUAGCAACGUUCACUGUCUGAUGUCUAUGGGCUCGUCAGAAAAAAUGUUAUUCCGAACAUUAAAUUCCAUGCACCAACCAUAUUAUUUCGAAUAUUCUUAUUUGGUCAUUGUAUAUUUAUGCAGUUGGUACUAAUUUUUUUUGUUUCAUUACAUACAGGGUGUAAUAAAAUCGUUCCGGUAAACAACCACAAUGUGGGGUCUCUGAAUACAAUGACAUAGAUAAUGUCGUUUUUUAAACUAUGAUUUUCUCGUGAUUUCAUUUGCGAUGUAGCGUUAUUUAAACACCAUUGACGUGCGAAAGCUACGAGCUAGAGAGUCUGCGGGGAACGUUUGCUGGCUGCGUCCUGCUUGCAAUACGGGGUCACGAAUCAUAAUCACAUAAUCAGAUUUUUUGCUCUGCUAAGGAAGUUCCUUAAUGAUUUCCGUUCGCGAUAAGCUUGGAGAUGAUUCCCAUUCCAACUUCAGGAAUAGACUCUGUACACCCCGUAUAAGGGUAAAUACACUGUAGAAAUAUGUGAAUACUAUUUUUAAGCGUAAUAAAUAUAUUUUAAAUCUACAUUUGAAAGAUAUAUAUAAUAUUUGUAAAAACUAAAUUUUGUAAAUAAAUAUUUACGAGUGUUAGCUAAGAUACGGUCAAUUCAUGUUCUAAAUUGUUUUUGAAACGACAUUCAAUAUUUAAUUAAAUUUUAUUUGUUCUUAAGGAUUUUUUUAAUUACUCAAUGCCGACUCCAUGGCUCUUUAUGCGACCGUGAGCCUUAUUAGGACUAAAUGGUACUUUCAAUAAGAAAUUAUAAUUUUCUGCAUAAGCAUAAGUCGUCACUGGCAAUUUAAUUGACACCUGUUCUAUUGCCACUGUUGAGAGUAUUUCCUCUUUAAGCAACUAGAGGUUUUCAUCUGCAUCAGUGCUAGAAAACAAAAAUAAGCUCUGAAAGAAAUCUUCGGUUUUUUAAAGAUUUUUAGUUAUGGUGUAAAAUGGGUUAAAAAGAUAGUUCACGGAUGGUAUCGAAGAUGAUAGAAAACCUAAAAUUUGGCACUUGAGAAAGAAGUUUUGUCUCAUUGCUCAGAGCCGCUUUGUAGAAAGUGCCGUGGGUCUGAUAAUUAGUCUGACUUAGCACCAUGUUUGGACGUAAAGGUUCGACUCCCGUAUACUAUCUCACAGUUAUUCAAUCUCCGGUCCCAAAAAAUUUCCUGGCAUUGAGAGAUGAAAAUUUCUAAAAUUACAAUAGCCUACUUUUUUAUCCAGAUUUCUAAAAACUUCCAAAGCAAAUGUAAAACUCCUCUUAUAUCCUAAUUGAUGCAACACGGACAAUCAUUUUAGUUGAAAUUGUAUCUUGACUGAGAUUAUUCACUAUUUGAAAUUAAGAAAUUGUGUAAAUAUGUUAAUUAAUAAUUACUGUAAAGGUUUUAAUAAAUGAUUAUUAUCUAA